AUGCCGCCAUUCGAAGAGGAGCAGGCCAAAGCCUCGCCAUCAUCACGGACACGGACGGAAACAUCGCAUGAUCCCCUCUCCGGCGCCACACCGCUUUCGGAUCCAGACGGGGCAGUCGCUGCUACUCCACGCACAAGCAACGCUGACAAGCGUAAGUGGACUCCAUCGCGACUCCACGAGACGCCUACACGUACACAUGCAGCAGCCGCCGCCAUCUCCUCGUCCGACUCUCCCAUCCGACACCGUCCGGGAAAGGGAAAGUCACCGCUUCCCGCACUCGCCGAAUCGCAUCGGGACAUCGGCUCGGUGAAUCGCGUGCCGUCAUCCUCCCUGCGGCCUCCCUCGUUCGCAGAGUCGCAGUUCGCUACGAUCAUCCGCCGUCAGCGCAAAAACAGGGUCGUGUCACCCGCCGCCAAUCUGCUCACCGCCGCUGGCACACCUGCCUUUGAUCUGGAAGCAUACACCCCCGCCGGCCCUCGUCGCACGCGCACCACGUCGGAGCAGGAUGACCCCUUCACCUCCGACUCGGGCUGGUCCGGCGCGCUUCGUCGUGGCGAACUCAAGGCCGGCUGGAACUACAAUGCCGAAGCUCCCACCACUACUCUCACCACAGACCGACAGCAUCCGCUCAUGGCCAUCCAUCGUGCAUGGGAAUUUGCCGGAUGGGGCUCCAUCUCGCUUCUCGAGCUCCCCAGCGACCCUCCUUCGCAGUCUGCAGCAGAACCAGCCGCCUCGACCCCGCAGCCUGUGCAGCUCGGUCAGUGGAAAGCGUCGGCGAUCGCAGGCAACGCCGUGACGGGCUCGGUCUUCUAUGCGCUCCCCGCCGUCGUCGCCGUGUCGUCGGUGCUCUCGCCCAUCUCGAUGCUCGUCGCAUGCCUCUUGCUCUACCCGUUCCGCCCGAUCGUAUGCGAGCUCGCCUCGGCGCUCUCGGCGAGCAACGCGGGCAACUACUCGUACCUCUCCAACAUCUCGUCCAAGCUCGUCGCCGUCCUUGCGGCCGCCAUGACGCUGCUCGAUGCCAUCGCCACGGGCGCCGUCAGCGCCGGCACAGCUAGCGCCUAUAUCGCCGGCGAGACCGCCUCGUCACACGCACAUCUCGACUAUCGCCUUGUGUCGGUGCUGCUGCUCGUCGGUCUGGCGCUGCUCUGCCUGCUCGGCAUGCGCGACUCGAGCAGCGUGGCGCUGAGCAUGUUUCUGCUUCAUCUCGUCACCAUGGCCAUGCUGCUCGUCGCCGGCACGGUUGUCUGGAUCCGAUCGGGCAACGCCGUGCUCGCCGACAACUGGAGCAUCGGCAUGGCCACCCUUCGUGCGCCGGGAACGGGCAAGGGCAUAGCGAGAGCCAUCUUUGACGGGGUCUGCGUGGCGUUUGUGGGGCUGACGGGCUUCGAGUGCAGUCCGUCGUACAUCAACCAGGUCAAGCCGGGCGAGUUCCCGCGCGCGCUGCGCAACUUGCAUCUCAUCACCAUCGUCACCGAGGCGCCUCUGAUGCUGCUCGUGCUGGCGCUCGUGCCCAUGGACGCCGUGCUGGGCGGAUCGAACGUGCUGGCUCUGCUCGGACAGGUUGCAGGCCACGGUGCGUUUCUCAAGCUUUUCGUCGUGGUGGAUGCAUGCAUCGUGCUGUGCGGCGGGAUCAUCACCGGCAUCGUCGCGUUCUGUGGGCUGCUCGAUGCGCUCUGCGACGACAGGGUGGUGCCGAGCGUGCUGCAGAAGAAGCUGCCUCGGACGGGUGCGACGUACAUUUCGAUCGCGCUGUUUCUCGUGCUGACGCUCGUGAUGAGCGCAACGUGCAGCUUCAACCUCUCGACGCUGUCGUCGGUGUUCAGCGUGUCGUUCCUGUGCAUCAUGACGCUGUUCGGCGUGUCGCUGGUGCUGCUCAAGUACGCGCGGCCCUCGCUGCCGCGCUCGCCCACCACGAGCCUUGGCAUGGCACUGGUGGGAAUUGCGAUCGGCAUUGUUGCCAUGGCGGGCAACUUUGCGCUUGCACCCGUCAUUAUCGGUCCGACGCUGGCGUACUUUGGCGUGCUGGCAGUCGUGCUGGUGGCGCUGACGCAGAGGGUCAAUCUGGCGCGCAUCCUGGUGUGGCUGGUGGAGCAGCAGCGCAGCUCCAAGCUCGUGCGACUGUCGCCUCGACUCGAAAAGCGACUCAUCGGCUGGAUUCGAAGCGAACGAAGGCAUCCGGUCAUCUAUUUCACCAAGAGCGACGACAUCUCGGUGCUCGUCAAUGCGCUCUACUACAUCCAGCGCAACGAACCCACGUCCAACUGCAAGCUCGUCCACUGCUACAAGAGGAUCGAGGAUCUGCCCGACCAGCUCGACGAGACUUUUCAGCUGGUCGACGAGAUCUUUCCCACCGUCACCGUCGACCUCGUAUUUGUAGAGGCGCCCUUCACGCCGGAUGUGGUGCGCGCCACAUGCAAGCAGCUCAAGGUGCCCGUGUCGAGGUCGUUCAUCUCGUGCCCCAGCGGACACGGCGCCCAGAUCGGCUCGGUCCAUCCGCUCGCAGACUAUGGCGGCCUCCGCAUCAUCUUGCCUUGA